AUGCGGGCCGACCUAUGCAUGCAUGCGGCUUCUGAUCUUAUACCGGCGCUGGUGAAGAUGGGUGUGGUCGUACCUUAUCAACCCGCGGCUAGGGUCACUAAGCAUGGAGCCGUCGUGGAUUCUGGAGCGGAGGAUCACAACACAAAGCUGACACGGAUGCAGGUGGAGCACUACGGCAUGAAGAGGGAUCUUGCGAUCUGGAAAGCAGCAGUCACCGCCGUUGGAGCGGCGAUGGGUUACAGUGUCGAUCAGCUCCUUGUAGGAGCUGCACACGUCUUGCAGGCGCAAGGUUCUAAAGGGGGCGCGGCGACACCUGGGGGCAGCCGGUCCACUGCACCCUCCACCCCCAACCCCCGUGUAGCAGCGCGGCCUUGCACUACCGAUAGCUCCGGUUCCAAAGGAGGAUCUGCUGAGAGCGUAGCACUGGACGAUGCAGGCAAUGGCACAGUCGAGCUAGGGGUGGUUCAUCCCAGCCCCUGCGCGCUACGCGUGCUUGCCGCUCCGAGGCCCGUGGUGCUGGCUAUGCCGGCAAAGAGGAAACAAGAAGACCCGCAUGCGUCGGGGGCGGAUGCCGAGGGCGGCGCUACUGCUUGCAAGAGCAAGGGUAAGGGACAGGGUCGUAGUUCACAGUACAAGGGUGCGCGCAGGGAGAAGCACAGUAGGUGGAGCGCCAAGAUUCUGUUCCGAGAGAAGAAUAAGAAGAAGCGGACGCAGAUGAGGCUGGGUGCGUACAAUAAGGAGCUGGAGGCUGCCACGGCGUACGCAACAGCGGUGCACGUGGUCAAAGAUGGUAAGCGCGUGUCAGGCACAAUGGAGCUGACGGAUGAGGAGAAGGGUAUGCUGGAGGGGUGCACGCUGGCAGCUUUCAAGCGGCUGGUUAGGAGCCGUCAGUGGUUCCGAUGGCAGGAGUGGGAGACGGCACUAGUGUGA